AGCUCCGACAAGUGACGGGCGGUCCCACCCUUUGCUUUGCAUUGCGGGCGGAUAGCAAAGUACUCAAGUCAUGUGUGUUUAUUUUCAAGUGAAUUUGGCGCUGCGGCAAUGAUAACCACAUCACCGGGCUGUGCAAACCAGAAAUGCUGUUCGUGUGAAAGCCUCGGUCCGGCCGCGGUUCGCUCGGGUUUGCUCCCGGAUAUAUCAAUGGCUACUGCUAUCUGUGAUAUUACGAACCCUGCGUAGUUGACCCCGGAUCAGGAUCAAGAUCAAGCGCCGCUGAAGGCUGCAGGGCCAGGCCAGGCCUAUCCAAAAUGGCCUCACACCCCAACGCCAAUAAAAUAGAAUGCCAGGCCACAUCUUCCAAGUCACCCCAACAUCAGAAAGGAGCCGGGUCUAACUUCGAGCCUCUGGACAAAACGACUAGCAACACCCUGAAACGAAAUCCAAAGAUGGAGCUCAGUAAGCAGGAACUCCUGAAACUUCUCAGUUACCUAGAGGGUGAACUGGAGGCAAGAGAAGUAGUAAUAGCAGCUUUAAAGUCAGAAAAAGUUAAGCAACUUGUUCAUCAAAGCCGGCACAGACCAGGUACACUAACACAGUCACAUUUAGCUUUGCAACAAGAUAGCUUUGCUGUUGCGGAUUCCCGACUAGGCCUAGACUGUCUUUUAGCAGACCAUCAAAUGGCGUCCCUAGAUAAUGUUAUAUUGCAACACAAGCAGUCACAACUUCGCAUGGCAAAGAUGUUGCGGGACAUGGAACUUCGUCAUCUUAAAGUUGUUCAAGAGCUUGAUGAAGAGAAAAGGAAACAUGAACAUGACACUGCCCAAGGUGAUGAUAUUACUUAUGGUCUGGAAAAGGAAAGAACAAGAUUAAAACAGGAAUUAGAGUUAGAAAAGCAAACACGGAAGAAACAAGAAAAAGACUUAAAGAGAGCCAAUGAAAUUCUGGAGGAAGAAAGGAAUCGUCAGAAACAAAUUGUCUUAUUACUUCUUGCUGAACGAAAAAAACUUAUCAUGAAGUAUGUUGAAGAACGUAAGCGAUCUGAAGAUUUGGCUCAGAUUGUUAGUGAAGAAAAGGUCCAUAUGAAUGCUAUGGCAGACGGUCUUGAAGAAGAAAGUAAAAAGUCAUUACAAAUGGAAGCUGAGCUGGAAAAGCAAAUGGCUAAGUUCGAAGUAGAGCGCCAGCAUUUAAAGCAGCAACUACUACGAGAGCAAAGAAGAGUUACGGAACUCGAAUCUGAUUUGGAAAAGUCUAAAACCGAGUUGCUGUCUGCAAACAAACAGUUGGCAGAAGCUCAUCAAGUUGCUAUGUUCCAAGCUACUGUGAACACAUCACGCCCAGGCACUGUCAAAGGUGUUCCUUGGUCUGGUUUGACUGAUGGUGAUGCUGGUGCUCAAACUGGAACCCCAAUGCUGAGUAGUGUAGCCAAAGUUGUUCAGCCAACUGCAACUGUAUCCAGUGUACCUGUCUGUGCUCCCACUACAGGUAUUGCAAGGUCUGUCUCCCCUGGCCAGAGCGCUAGAACUGCUCUCUUUUCCCCAAAUUCUGCUACUUCACCAGCGGUUCAAGAUGAACAACCGCCCAACACUGCUGCUCCCCGCCCGAGCCAUGCUCCGACUCCAGGUGCCAAACUCUAUGCCACAUCGGCUGGUGGCAAACUCACUUUCCAUGUGUCAGCAGCAGCUGCUGCUGCAGCCGAGGCUGCAGCUGCCUCAUCUGGCGAUUCUACGCCUUCUGCAGUACAACCCCAACCUCCACCCAAGAAAGCAACUCUAGGGCGUGGAGCGCCACCUCCUGUUCCACCCAACAAACCUAUAGUUCCUCCCAAAAAAGACUCUGCAGUAGGGAGGAAAGCAGAUGGAGGAGCUGAUGGCUCUGCAACGGGGGCUAAGCUUGGCCUUGUCAGCAAGGAUAAAGCCCCUCAGGUGGGUCGUGUGGGCGAGCUGAAUGUCAGCCCAUCAGUUUGCAGUGUUGAUAGUUUGCAUGCCACUGCUGCCUCUGCACCUGCACGCCCAGCCUCUUCGCACACUCCCUCUCCUAGCAGUGGCGAGUUGUCAGGUUCCGUUGACUUAGUCAGUUCAGCCUGUGUCACCAACGAAGCUUCACACGUUUCUCCAGUAGUUCCAACCAGCCAUGCUCUCCACAUCAUUGCUUCAUCAGACCACUCAACCACGCCCAAUAGCUGCCUUGACGGGGCUAGCUCUGCCGCUGCCACCACAUCUAGCCAGUGUUCUAUUGCCUCACCAUCGCCUGAUGCCGUUCCUCUCACCACACCUGCCCCUGUUCCCAGCUUGAAUGCUAGCACUGCUCAGCCACCAGCCUCUAUGCCAGAUUUAUUACCUGAAUGCGUCCCUAAUACCUUGGACUCCUGUAGCCGGCCACAAAAGCAACCAGAGGUGUGCAUUACUCCUAAGGUUGAUGCAGUUUGAGGUUCCCUUUACGUUCUCGACUACACUAAAAUGGUGUUUCCUAUUGGUGUGACUGCUUUCAUUCUACAACAAAAAAAGUAAUGGACGUGAAUGUGUUCUCCAUCCUCAUUGCUCAAGCCUUCAUCUACAUAACAUCAAUUGCAUUAUUUUGGUGGUGACCAUUGCUGCUUGUGCUGAUGUUUACCUUUAAAAGACUCAUGAAGUUAGCUUGGAAAUGGCACAGUAGGUUUUCAGUUUGAGGAAAGCGAAGCAUGUUGUUUGACUUUUAGACAAACUCCUGUUUUUUUUAAACAGGACUUUUUUUGUGGAAUUAAGGUCCAUGGAUGAAGCUCUCAAAUUGUUCACAAAGUUUUUGGAAUGAUUCUCUUUGUGUUGUCAGACUGGGGUGUUGGUGGCAGUAUCUCUAGAUUUAAAAACAAAUGUGUGUGCUAUAUCCUUAUGUACCUUAUCCAUCUACUUGUAGAAAACUUCUGUAAUUCUAUUAACAGAAUUAUGGACUGAAUUAGACUGACAUGCAGAGAUACCCUACUUAAAGGCAGGCCUUUCAACUGCUGAUGUUAGAGCCUUUCACCUUCCGUAAGAUAAAGUAUCUCAUGGUAAUGUAGACCCUGAUGCCUUAGAUUGAAACCUUUUCAGAACCAUGAAUUAAAUGCUCAGCUACACUGGAAAUGCAGUGGUCAGUGUUAACUAGUUUUAGUAUGAGGAAGAAAGUCUCAACGGCAGCUACUGCCUUGUAUUAUGCAUAUAUCAUUUUAAUUUUAUCAAAUGGACUGGGAAAUUGCUUUUAAUAUGUUAUGCUGUCUUUGAUUUGUAGUAAUGAAAGCACAUCAAAGUAAUAAGCCGUACGGUUUGAUAAAGGUAGAGCACCUUUUUUCUUUUCAUUGGCUUGUGUCAUUGUGCUUAGCUCCAAGAUAUUAUCAUUGUUGCAAAGUGUCCUUCCAUUUAGGGAUGCCUCAUGCAUUUUGUAAGAAAGCCUUUAUUAUUGGCAAGGAAUGGGAGAGUUGGUGUGGUAGACAUGUACCCAAGUAUUGUUUGGAAAAUUAGUACCUCCAGUACAGGAAUGAUGCAUUCCAGUUACUUUCGAUGUAAGAUUUUUCCUAAUUUGAUCCAAUAUGGUCAUCUAUCAGUUCCAUCCAUUACUGACUAGCAGUAAGCAGCUGGAAUUGAUGUGACUCAUCUAGGCAAUACUUUCAGAUUGGUGUAUUGUAGUUAUAUUCUUCUUUGAAUAUUAUUUGAAUGGCAGCAAUUGGACUGAUAGAUUGAUAAAUUGUUUUUCCCUCAAUGCUAUUAGCUGAGAUAAUUUCAAAGUUUCUGUCAGUAGACUUGUUAAUACCCAUCCCCUACCACUUAGAUACCACAUAUAUGAUGUAACAUUUUCCCUAGUCAAACUGUUAUCACUAUCAGGAAACAACGUCUUCUUUGGUGAAUUGUUUGUUGUGCAUGUCUGACCAAUGUGAUGCUAUUGGAUUUCAAUUCUGUUUUCUAUGUAAAUACCUGGUAGAAUAACUGGCAGAAACACUUAUUUUGUCACGGAGACAAAAUUUUGAUUACAAAAAUGCUGUUUGUGAGAAAAGCAUCCAUUGUCUAAUAAUGGAACAAUGUGGCUCAAUUUAUUCUAUUCAGCUUUACUCUAAACCAGUAUUUUUGUAUGUGUGAACCUUUUGUUGCCCUGGGGGCAUGGAAGGGUUGAAAUCAGAUCUUCCACUAGCAAAUGUAGUACACAUCUGGAGUUGAAGGCAGACUUUAAAUCCCUGCCUUCCAUUUAUUCAUUUUUUUUUUUUAAAUUGAUAGAUUUUUUUCUUAUUUAGUUUUGUUUUGUAGGUGCUACAUAUUUUUUAUUCCAGUGCAUUUAUUAUUUUUUUACUUCAAAUUUCUAAUUUGUGUAUCAUAAUGGUGUUUUCUCUUUUUGACAGAAAACUCAUUGACCACCAUUGAAAUCAUCUUUUCCAUUUUUCUCCCAAUUGAAAAAGAAAAUGUUUUGUAUGAUAUUAUUUGUCUAUUGAACAAACUCUGUGUACCUAUCCUGCUUUUAAGGAAUGUUUAAGGUGUUGCUUUCUUUAGAGCCCUAGGACUCUAGCUUUAUGCAGUCGUUUCACUUGGAAAGUAUUACUCAUGUACUUACUUCAAUAAGAUUUUAUUUUGCCAGCUGUAGAGUAUAGUCUAUUGCUUGGUCUGUAUAUGGUGUGUCAUUAGGUCUGCUCAGUAUUUAGGGAUGAGGGUUGGGAGGGCCGGGCGCGGUCGGGCUAGUGCUGCAUCAGUUCAGACCUGCCCGGUGAGCAAAGGGGCCCCUCUGGAAUGACAUCUAAUUUUACAGUGGUGCCUCUCCGACCCGCCCAGCGCUCGUCUUUCUCAGUAUUCUAGCUUCAUCUAGAUCAAUAUUUUUCUUGGAAUACUAAGCACUGAAGUUUUCUGUUUGACUUUGUGUUUCAAUCAAAAUCUAUACUACAGUUAAACAUCACAGACUCUUUUUUUGGGGGAUACUAAAGUAUUGCUAUCAUUUUUAUGAUGAAACUGGAUCAAAAUAAUGCUAGCCUGUUUUUCUUUUAUUCCCUUUUGUAGUUUAAUAAAUUGUUCUAUUCUGUUUACCUGAAAUUCCUUCUGGUUGUGACAUCAACCCUGUCAUUUUAGCUAUUUUAUUGUUAUUAUUUCUUACUUUUUGGCAUGAUGAGAUGGUGAUCACGAAGUCCUUGUUUGUGAUGCUCUACCUCUGGAUCUUUUAAAAGCUGAUCUUGGCAGCUAACAUACAUUGUGUUAUUAUUUUUAGAAUGUCGUCUUAAGGAAUGUAUAUUUAUUGUAAUUAUAUCUUUGAUAUCAUUGUACAAUUUUAGAUAGUGGUUACAAGUCUUAAAAUGGUAUAGCUCUUCAUAGUUUUGCCGGUGUCUCACAUCACAUCAAUCUAGUGUUCAUUUGGAACUUUUCAUUUAGCUGUGGGCUGAGUAGUGCUGUGACUAUUAGAGGGUUGUGCUAACUAAAUUUCUAGACAAUAAUUGUUAACUUUAGGGCUCAUAAUCUGGUCGACGAAGCAUUACUUUUAUACCAUCCUUUUUAAUCAGUCAGUUAAAAUUUCAGACGUUUCAUUGCACUUCCCUGUGCAUAAAUAGCUGUGUGAAUACAUUCUGUGAAUGUGAAAAGAAUUCUCUUUGUUGGUACAACCCUCAAUUUUGGGCCAUGGUGCAGGCUGGACUGUUGAAUGAAGGCAGAAAUGGUCUUAGGAUUUUUGUUGGUGAAAUGAUAGGUACUUUUCUCAGUUCUUAGCUAUGUUCUGUACUGUGUUAAUGGAUGAUGUUUUGACUGAGCUGUACAGACAAACGAAGUAACGCUUUAAUUUAUUUGUUGUGUGACAUUAAUGUCAGCUUGUCCAGUGAAAUUACUUUUAAACUAACCCUCAGUAAAUCUGUGAUAAAUCUGCAGUUACGAGGAGGCCAAACAUUUGUUGAUGGUCUGCUGUCAUCAGUAGGAAUUGUGAGUCUGUAGCAUACUCUACUUCCAAGGCCAGUUUAAGAACAUACUCAGGACCACAUUGUGUCAACCAUUUAUAUCACAUGUAGAUUGCAACCGCAUUAUUCUGUUUGUAGGUUGGCUGCAAAUUAUUCAAAACAAGAAGGUCUAAUUACCUACCUAUUUGCGAGUAGGUGAAAGUUGAGUCAAUGUGAGCUCAGGGUGUCUUCGGUUUGUUUCUUAAGUCAAAGAUGGUGAAGCCCAUGUAAUGAAAACAAACUGUAUUCUGUCAAGAAAAAAUUUCUUUAAGAAGAAAUGCACUUCCCUUAGGAUUCUGAUCAUUGCUGCUUUUUCCUACAACAGAACCACUGUUACUCACGCUGCUCUAGAUGCUGUCUUUUUUUGUUUUUGUUGUUUUUUUACAAUUACAGUACUUGUUGUUUUAUUUUGAUUGCCUUGGAUUUAAUUUUAUCAUCACAUUAAUAUUUUCUUGCUCUUUAAGACACAAAUGUUCACCUGGUCUUCAUACUUGUUUAACACGUUCAGUGUGAAAUAAGUGUUACCACCAUCUUUCUACAUUGAUAAACCCAGAUUGGUCUUGUUCACACUAAAUGUGUUAAACCCAAAAGGGUUGUUGUUGAUCAAAUUGUACGGUUUUUAUUUGUAUCCUCUAGUCAAUACAACAAAUCAAUUUAUGUAACCUGUUUUAUCUAAUAAUGGCCGUAAAGCAGCGCUGGAGGCCAAAAAAAAAUCAAUUGUUGAUUCAGUUGUCUUUGACCUUGAAAGUUUGCAUUUACUGAAUUUUUCUUACAUUAAGUUGUAUCCUUUAUGUUAAAGCUGUGAAAAAUUUGUAUAUUUUUCUGAAGAGAAAUUUCUAAAGCUUAAAAAGUUGCUUCUGUGCAUACAUGUGUAAAUACUUAAUUUGCAACAUUCAGUUCAAAAAUGUAUGUAAACAUGUGAUUAAAUGAAUAAAUAUUAAUUACUGCCAACUCCUGUAGUA